AUGGCUGAUUCCUUAACAGAAAGUGAAGGCCAACAGGAUUAUGAAAUGAAGUCAAAUCAUCUACUCAAAGGGUUUCUUCAAUUUUUGAACUGCAAGAAUCAAAAAUGGCAGAUAGAAAAUAUGUAUAUAUCAUUAUAG